AUGUACGGCAGUGCGCGCUCCGUGAGUAAGCUGGAGGGGAACCACAGCGGUGGAGGGGGGAGUGGCCAGAGUGGCGGGGGGAGUGGCCAGAGUGGAGGGGGGAGUGGCCAGAGUGGCGGGGGGAGUGGGCAGAGUCCCGGGCGUUCCCCUCGGCUGCCGCGCUCUCCUCGUCUGGGGCACCGGCGCACCAGCAGCUCGGGUGGCACGGGUGGCAUGGGUGGCACGGGCAAGACCCUCUCCAUGGAGAACAUCCAGUCCCUCAACGCCGCCUACGCCACCAGCGGGCCCCUGUACCUGAGCGACACACACACGCACGCGCACGCACACACACACACACACACACUCCCCGACACCUCGGCCUCCGCCGCUGACCUGCCCAAGAGCAGCCUGACGCUGGGCCGCUCGCCGGGAGGAGUGUGUGUGUCGGGGGUCGGAGGUCGCGCCGUGGGGUACGGGGGUCGCGCAGGGGUCACCAUGGGCAGCAGCCCCAACAUCGCGUCCUCGGCGCCUAGCGACGCCAUCGCCUUCGGAGAUCACCAUGGAGACCAUCACCAUCACGCCGCGUCUGUUGCUGCCGCGGCGUCCAGUCUAGCGUCCACCGUACCGCACUCGCUACGCCAGGCACGAGACAACGCCAUCCUGGACCUGCAGGCGCAGCUGAAGGAGGUUCUGCGUGAGAACGAGGCGCUGCGGCGCGACGCGGAGGCCAAGGAGAGCAAGCUGAGCUCCUCCAUGAACUCCAUCAAGACCUUCUGGAGCCCCGAGCUGAAGAAGGAGCGCACGCUGCGCAAGGACGAGAUGGCCAAGAUGGCCGUCUGGAAGGAGCAGUACCGCGUCAUGCAGGACGAGGCCCAGCACUUCCAGAUGACCAUCCAGGCCCUGCAGGAGGAGGUGCGCAUGCAGCGCGAUCUCAAUCAGCUGUUCCAGCAGGACGGCGGAGGCGGCGGAGGCGGCGGAGGCGGCCCGGGCGCGGCAGGGAUGCGGGCCGGAUCCGGGGCGGAGCUGACGGAGGAGAACUUCGUGCGUCUGCACGUGGAACACGAGCGGCAGGCCAAGGAGCUGUUCCUGCUCCGCAGAACCCUGGAGGAGAUGGAACUCCGCAUCGACGCGCAGAAGCAGACGCUCGGCAACCGCGACCGCAGCAUCCAGAAGCUGCUGGAGAUGCUGCAGAGCAAGCAGACCAGCGCCACGGCAACCGAGGAGGACCACGAGAGGACCCGUCGCCUGGCCGACGCACAGAUGCACACACACCACCUGGAGAACGUCCUGCAGCAGAAGGACAAGGAGAUCGGCACGCUCAGAGAGGAGCUGCAGAGACGCUACGAAGGAACGCCAGAGUCCGCCAAGACCAAAGCCCUGCAGACCGUCAUCGAGAUGAAGGACUCUAAGAUCAGCUCUUUGGAGCGUGCCAUGCGUGACCUGGAGGAGGAGGUGAUGAUGCUCAAGUCCAACGGAGCGCUGAGCACUGAGGAGCGACAGGAGGAGAUGAAACAGAUGGAGGUGUACCGCUCACACUCCAAAUUCAUGAAGAACAAGGUAGAGCAGCUGAAGGAGGAGCUGAGUGAAAGCGAGGCCAGGGGGGCGGAGCUAAGGAAGCGGGUGGCCGAGCUGCAGCAGGAAGUCCCUGCAAUUGACCAGGUGAAGCAGGAUCUCUCUAGAAAGGACACAGAGCUGCUGGGUCUGCAGACGAAGUUGGAGAUGCUGAACAACCAGUUCUCCGACAGCAAGCAGCACGUCGAGGUGCUCAAGGAGUCGCUACUCGCCAAGGAGCAGAGAGCAGCUAUCCUACAGACAGAGGUGGACGCCCUGCGUGUGCGUCUGGAGGAGAAGGAGUCCCAGCUGGGCAAGAAGACGCAGCAGAUCCAGGAAGUGUCGGAGGAGAAGGGCACUCUGGGAGGGGAGAUCCACGACCUCAAGGACAUGCUGGACGUCAAGGAGCGCAAGGUCAACGUGCUGCAGAAGAAGAUUGAGAACCUGCAGGAGCAGCUUCGUGAUAAGGAGAAGCAGAUGGCCAGUCUGAAGGAGCGCGUCAAGAGUCUGCAGACCGACACGUCCAACACCGACACCGCACUGACCACGCUAGAGGAGGCCCUCGCCGAGAAGGAGCGUAUUAUCGAGCGUCUGAAGGAGCAGAGGGACCGUGACGAGAGGGAGAAGAUGGAGGAGCUGGACGCCAACAAGAAGGAGCUGAAGGAGCUCAAGGAGAAGGUGGCACAGCUGCAGGGAGACCUGUCCGACCGCGAGACGUCGCUGCUGGACCUGAAGGAGCAUGCGUCCUCGCUGGCCUCUGCUGGGCUGAAGAAGGACUCCAAACUCAAGAGCCUGGACAUCUCCAUGGAGCAGAAGAAGGAGGAGUGUAUCAAGCUGGAGAACCAGCUCAAGAAGGCUCAGUGUGCGGCGCAGGAGGCUCAGGCGAGCACGGAGCUGACGGAGAAGAUCGGCGCGCUGGAACAGGAAGUGACACGCCACAGAGAGGAUGCUGGGAAGGCGCAGAGCGAGGUGGACCGUCUGCUGGACAUCCUGCGGGAGAUGGAGCUGGAGAAGGGAGCCAAGGACCAGAAGAUCCACGAGCUAGAGAGUCUGGUUUCAAGGAGCAUGAAGGACCAGAGUAAGAAGGUGGCCAAUCUGAAGCACAAGGAGCAGGUGGAGAAGAGCAAGAACGCUCAGCUGCUGGAGGAGGUGCGCAAGAGAGAGGACAACAUCACCGAGAGCUCCCAGCAGGUCAAGGAUGCCUUGCGGCAGAAGGAGGAGCGUAUCGAGGAGCUGGAGGAGGCGCUGAGGGAGAGCGUGCAGAUCACCGCCGAGAGAGAGAUGGUGCUGGCACAGGAGGAGGCCGCCCGCACACACGCAGAGAAGCAGAUGGAGGAGCUGAUGUGUGCGAUGGAGAAGGUGAAGCAGGAGCUGGAGUCCAUGAAGAUGAAGCUGUCGUCCACUCAACAGAGUCUCACCGACAAGGAGGCGCACCUGACCACCCUCCGCGCCGAGAGGAGGAAGCACCUGGAGGAGGUGCUGGAGAUGAAACAGGAGGCGCUGCUGGCUGCCAUCAGUGAGAAGGACGCCAACAUUGCGCUGCUGGAGCUGUCGGCCUCCAAGAAGAAGAAGACUCAGGACGAGGUGGCGCUGCUCAAGAGGGAGAAGGAUCGCCUCGUCCAGCAGCUCAAACAGCAGACGCAGAACCGGAUGAAGCUGAUGGCCGAUAACUAUGAGGACGACCACCUCAAGUCCUCCACACAUUCCGAUCAGACCAAUCACAAGCCCUCCCCAGACCAGGACGAUGAGGAGGGCAUUUGGGCAUAGCCAAUCACAUGCCCUCUCUCUUGCUGCCAUUUUGUUCAGAAGGGUGA